UUGUUCAGGGAGUCAGUUUUGUCCUGAAAAUCAAUUCGAGUUGCAGUUGAAGCAAUUCCUUAUUCGCAGUCAUCAUAAUAAUAAUCUAGGUAGCAAAGAGAACAAACAAACAAAGAAUGAGUAGAGGAAGUGGAGGUGGUUACGAUCGUCAUAUCACAAUCUUCUCCCCCGAAGGUCGCCUCUUCCAAGUCGAAUAUGCGUUUAAGGCGGUAAAGGCAGCUGCCAUUACUUCGAUCGGAGUUCGUGGAAAGGACUCUGUCUGUGUUGUCACACAGAAGAAGGUUCCGGACAAGCUUUUGGAUCAGACUAGUGUCACUAACCUUUUUCCUAUUACCAAGUACCUUGGAUUGUUGGCUACUGGGAUGACAGCUGAUGCAAGAACUUUGGUCCAGCAAGCACGGAAUGAGGCAGCUGAGUUUCGUUUCAGAUAUGGAUAUGAAAUGCCUGUAGAUGUAUUGGCCAAAUGGAUUGCAGACAAAUCGCAGGUUUACACUCAGCAUGCUUACAUGAGACCCCUUGGAGUAGUUGCUAUGGUCUUAGGUAUUGAUGAAGAGAAUGGGCCUCAACUCUACAAGUGUGAUCCAGCUGGCCACUUCUUUGGUCACAAGGCCACAAGUGCUGGAUUGAAAGAACAAGAGGCUAUCAAUUUCUUGGAAAAGAAAAUGAAAAAUGACCCUGCUUUCUCCUAUGAGGAAACUGUGCAGACUGCCAUUUCUGCUCUGCAAUCUAUUCUGCAAGAGGACUUCAAGGCUACUGAGAUUGAGGUGGGUGUCGUGAGAGCAGACAGUCGAGUUUUCAGAGUGUUGCCAACUGAGGAGAUCGAUGAACAUCUGACUGCCAUUAGCGAGCGCGACUGAUCUUCUGGAGUGAACAACGCUACUUUCAGAGCAGAGCCAAUUCUCCUGGCAAUUGAAGUCAUUAGGAUAUGCAACAGGAGGAUAGGAGAGGGAGAGACUACUGUUAUUAUUUUGGAUUAUAUCCUCCUAUGCUGUUUUAGAUUUGUUAAAUUACCGUAACAGGCUGUGAUAAUAGAAUUCCUGCAUUUGCACUUUUAUUUUCAGUGUUCUUUGUUCAGAAAUUACAGUGAACUGAUCUGAAUUGUUUCAAUUAGGGAAAAACCUUUAUUGCUAACA